AUGGUCUGCAUCGCGAUCGCCACCGACCGCCGUCUUCAUAACGUCACCAACUACUUCCUCUUCUCACUUGCUCUCGCCGAUCUGCUCGUCUGCUUAGUUGUUAUGCCGUUGAGUAUCUUAAACACCUUGUUUUUUGACGAAUAUUAUUUUCUUUGGACAUGGAAUGUGUCGCUGUGUCUGCUCUACGUGUAUUCAGAUGUAUUUCUCUGUAGCGCUAGUAUCGUACACAUGUCAGUGAUCUCGCUGGAUCGGUAUCUCGGCAUAUCGCAGCCCCUUCGGACGCGUAACAAGUCCAAAACCAUGAUCAUAGUGAAGAUCUCACUCGUGUGGAUAAUAACCCUGAUCGUCUCCUGCCCGAUAGCAGUGCUCGCCUCGUAUGAUCACUCAAACAUUCUGCAGAACAAUUCCUGUAUGAUAUUCAGCCGCCACUAUAUCAUUUACGGCUCAACGUUGUUGUUUUUGAUUCCAUUUUGUGUGAUGUUCGUCACUUACCUGCGCACGACCACGCUGCUCAACAAGCAGGCGGCGAUCCUGAGUCAGAAAGCGAACGAUAAGUUGCACGGCAACGGUCUGCGGCGCACUCUGCCGCACCGUAAACUCGGUCACGUGCGAACGAACUCGUCCUCGACGGCCACGUUCACCAGCAGCACGUUCAAGUCGAGCCUUAACGGUCCUGGCCCUAAGACCAGUACGGUCAGCUACUCGAACGGCUACCAUAACUCAAUCGUCGAGCUAGAAGCGCAGGCACGUAAGGGGAAAAACUCCGGUGUACUUAACCAUAAAUCACUCGCUAAACGAUCCACCAUUAAUCGUUGGAAAUCGAGAACUUCCAGCUACUUAUCGAACAUUGCGUUAAGGGUUGGACGACGGAACUCCUUGCAGGUAAGCUCGUUACUGGGCUUUUUUCCCCUCAUAUACCUAAGUCACCAUCAUGUGCUUAUGCUUCUCCUCAUUUUUGUGCGAAGAUUGUUGGUGAACACUAGCUGA